CGUAGCCACGCUGACGCUGGUGACUUGCGAAAUGGAGCCAGGAGCAGCCCGUGAAAACAAGCCUCUGUGUGUGAGGUAUUUGUUCUCAAAUAAAACAGAAAUAUCCACGGGGAAGGGAAGACCGAGUGCAGCCGACUUGGCACCACCAAAGCAGCCAACACACGCUCCGUGAAAUGCAGCGCUUGAUAGGAUGAUUAAGAACCAAGAAGAAGAUGAGUUUGUUGCAGUGCGGGUCCAAGAUCCCCGCGUUCAGAACGAAGGCUCUUGGAAUUCAUAUGUGGAUUAUAAAAUAUUUCUACAUACCAACAGCAAAGCCUUCACUGCCAAGACGUCCUGUGUGCGCCGGCGCUACAGUGAGUUUGUCUGGCUCAGGAAGAAGCUGCAGAAGAACGCAGGCUUGGUACCAGUCCCAGACCUUCCAGGAAAAUCCCUCUUCUCCUUUACCAACGAGGACUUCCUGGAGAAGAGACGGACGGGACUCCAGGCCUUUUUGGACAAGGUGGUGCACAUGACGGUGUGUCUGUCAGACAGCCAGCUCCACCUCUUCCUGCAGACCCAGCUCCCGGUUGGACACAUCCAGGACUGCGUCCAGGGCCACACUCCCUACACCGUGACGGACGCCAUCCUCACCUACGCCUCGUCCAAUCGGGGACUGGCUCAGGCUCAGGAGGACGACUUCAUCAAGGAGCCGAGUCUGACCAUUUCUUACGAGUCCACGGAAAGCCCAGCUCCUCAUCAACCCUUCCUGCAUACUAACGACACCUUCAGCCCUGAGCUUUUGCCAUGUGGCGACUCUGACCCUUUGGAUGGUUUACUGGAGGUUUGUGACCAGGGCUCGUAUGAAAUACCCCACAAGGAACACUCCUCAGUAAGGAUCUCCGAGCAGAACAACCAUCUAGAAGCCGUCGUCGAGGAUUUCGGCCCGACGGAGGCGACAUUUUAUCUGGGCGAGAGUCCCGAGCAGGCCCAGCAAAACAACUGCCAGAUACAGACUCCGGUGGAGGUGCACUCGCCCAUGGGAACGGGAUUGGAGGAAGGAUACGGGGCAACUGGUGAGGAGGAGGAGGAGGAGGAGGAAAGUGUUCUGACUAUUGAUGCAGAAGAAAGGACUGUUAUUCAUCCUGACACUCAAGAAGUGGUUGAUCAGCGGGACGAAUCCGAGGAGGCGAAUGGAGAAAACGCUGAGCCUGAAAAGAGUUUGAGUUCUGUAGUACUUUUAGAUUUUAAGGACUCUGAAGAACAGAUUACAGAGAACGAUGCUACACGUCAGGAGCAGGAGGAGGAGGAGGAGGGAGAGGAAGUGUUAGAAGACAUCUGCUCUGAGAAGCAGGCUUUGGAAAAUCAUAUCACCUCUGAAGUUUGUCAGGUUGUUGCAGAUGGCAACUCGGACAAGACAGAAAGUGAAGAAACAGGAAGCAAAGAGGAGCUUCCCCUUCAGACAGAAAUCUGUGAGGCUCACGAGGAGAACGGUGAACCGGAGGUGAUAAAUGGUGACUGUGUCACCUUUCAAGAAACGCACCAAAACGAAAAGGAUUUAGUCAGCGAGGACGAGGAGGAGGAGGAGGACACCCACUCACUGCAAUCCUCCAACGAGAGCAUCGUCAAGGUCAGCGACGAGGAAAGCGUCUGCGAGGAGGAAGAGGACUCCAGCGGCUUCACGAAGACGUGUCCUGAGGACGACGCUCACUGGUCACAAGUGCAGAACGGGAACGUUUUAGACCUGCAGCUCAACGGGUGCGCGACGGAAAUGGAGGACGUUUCUCUUCGGGAGGACGGCGACCUGAAGUUCACGGGCGACAUCAGCGGUCUGUCUGCAGACCUUAACUCGACUCUAGCCGACGGAGAGAACAGCGACUUCAGCAUCUUGGAGAUCAGCUGUGCGCCCGGGUUAGUGGAGAGUAAAUGCACGCAGCAGGAAGCCCCGUCCUCGCCUUCUUUGGACGCCUCGGAGGAGAAUGUGGAGGUGGAGGUGUGCUAGUUAGACGUCUGCAGCCUCACCAAACCCGAACAUUCAAUCAUGAAAGUUGCUCUCAGCCAAAGACGCAUUUCACAAGGUACAUGGGAGUUUCAGUUACCUGCCCCUAUAUAGUCAUGUGGACGAUCCGGUUUGUUGCAUCAGUCAAGAACAUGGGAAGCUCUGUAAUCACAUUUUAACCUUACACUGUCAGUCGUGUUGUUGAUGCCUGUUUAAAGUGGCUUAAAUCUAAUUUUAACAUUUAUAUUUUGAUUUAAACUCAGGAACAUUAAUUAUCAGCACUGUUUUCAAUCCAGUCUUGGCCACCAGAGGGGGCUCAAGUUCACAGAAAGACUAAUUCAGGUUGUCUCGAUAAAAUUAAUAUUUUCUGCUCCUGUUAUUUUGCUGGAUAAUUGGAACAUUUUAGGUUGAAAUUAGGACACUCGAAUUACAGAAUAAGUUCAUGUUUUUUUUUUUAUGAAAAAAGAAAAAAGAUGGCUCACAUCCAAAAAUGCUUUCGGAAGUCGAGCUUAAGUAAAUACGUCGCCCGGACAAAUAAAGUGCGUACUUCCAAAUUUACCAUCUGUUACCCACAGCUUCACUGCUGAGCUGCAGAGGAGGCCAGAGAGAUGAAAAGGGCAUUCGGCACCAAAACAACUAUGACGGUGGAAGAUCUCCACUUAAUAUGUCAAACACUCUCACUCAUGUCAGGAAAAAAACAAAACGUGAGCCCACCUUUAAAGUCUUUAACUGGAGAAGAAUCACUGUAUUAUUUUAGUCAACGACUGUCUGAGGGACAACCCGGAGACAUAGCUGGUCUAAACCUGCUGCUCCACGACUCCGUAAUAACACAACUGGGAUUAUACGGAGUAGUAAAUAUUUGGACUGAAGGCGCGCAGACAUUUAAACCACCUGUCUGUUAUUGCACCGGCCCCUUAAUGCCAACGAAACAGCUCCGAUUAGUCGACAGCAGCCGCUGCAACCGGAUGAUUAACGUCGUGGCUUUUAACGCGCUGCACGGUGGAAGCAAUUAAUUCACAUGUGCGCAAUAUUAUACACGGUGUGUUUACAUGGAGGCUAAUCAAUUAUUAUGUGACAAUAUUUCAACGUUUAUAUUUAAAUUAAGUAGCAUUUUCCUAUUAAAACAAGUGGGAUAAAGCAACAGUUUUUUAGGCUGAACCCUAAAAUAAAAGCCCACGUUUCUUAUUGGAAGGACCACAAAUAUUUUAACAGUAUGAAGGACUUAUAUCAGCAGGAUUUUACGUUUGCACAACAAAAGGAAACGCCAAACGACUGGAUGAAUGAAAGAAGAAGUGUGUGUCUGGAUGAUUGAACAAAUCCGACACCGGCAGAAAAUCCUGCUGCACGUUUACUGUGAUAUGCUCCGUUUCAGAAUAAGGGAAAAAGCUCUUGUGUGAUGUGUUUAGUUUUUUUCCCCCAUGAACCCAUAGUUAUUGCUGCCUCUUUAUUAACCCAGUUAAUAAAGUUGAAUUUAUUUUAAAUUAAAGAUUACUUUCUCCGUGUAAGACAGCACUGUUUACACACACACUACUGCUGCUUCUAACUCAUUUUAAAAAGGGACCCAGAGUUUAUUCACCUUGAAUUACACCUUGAAUUUAUUUGUUUGUUUGUUUAGUUUUUUUUGUGGUAAAGCUGUGAGUAUUGUUGAGGAGGAGGUUUGCAAUGUACCGACUACUAACUGCUGAAAAAAAAGCCUCCCUGAGAAUAAAACCUCGGAUCCACAAGGGUAACGUUGACAUCUUGAGCAAUGGUGUCCAUGUACGUAUGCAAAUUAUUUUAUUUCAAUUAAAUAGUUAUUUUUCCCCUUU